AUGGAAUAUCAUGAAAAGAAAAAUGAUGUCAUGAAUUUUACAGAUGAUAUAGAACAAUUAAUUGAAAUAUUUGUUCAACAAUAUAGUAUUGUACCAUUUGAAAUGAAAUUAAACUAUAAAAUAAAGAUCUUACAAUAUAAUUAUGAUGAUCAAUUACUUGAACGUACCUAUUUGCAACUUAAUCCUACAGAUGAUCAAAUCCAAAUAGCGAAACGUCUAUGUAAUUUGCGAUAUGCCUAUGUACAAGCAAAACAAGAAUUGAUUCAAUUAAAACAGCAAAUUCUUUGUAAUAAACCAACAAAACUCAUUCAUUCGAAAGCAUUAUCCAUGCUAUCGACAAUACAAUCAUAUUCGACUAGUGAUAUCAGAAUUUAUCAACUACAACUUGAUCAAGAAGAAAUGAGUGAAGAAAAAUUAUAUGAAACUAUUGUUCGUGAACAUUUAGAAAACUUAGAUGAGAAAAUAGAAUUCUAUUUGAUGGAAUAUCAUGAAAAGAAAAAUGAUGUCAUGA